UUAUCAUCAAGCGAGGCGGGCGAAUUUGGCUAAACGCGAUGUGGUGAAUGGGAUUCAGUGUUUGGUUUGACAAGUUUCUCUGAGCCAUCAUGGGGUUUGCACCGGCCAGCUAGUUGGCGGAAAGGAAAAAAAAGUUAUCCUCCACCACGUUUGGGUACACGUUGACAAAUGUAGCUACACGAGAAUCUGACGAGUAUUCGCGGUUGGGAGAUUUUACCCCCGACACCCCUCCAGCAUCUUUUUAUUUUACACUGGAAUAUCCUAAAAACACACCAGCAAAGAUGAACAGCUUGUCGUUUGACGAUCCUUCGUUGGAUAAUCUGGAUCCGACAUUGUCGCUCAAUGACCCCAGCGAGAUUGACACGGCCCUUCUCAGCGACAUUGAUGACAUGCUCAAGCUCCUCAUCCACCAGGAAGGGGAACUUGGAGGCCUCUUUGAUAACCCUCCAUACACAGGAGGACCCACCACCAACAUGGAACUUCCUUGUCUGCCCCAGGCCGUCACGUCGCCCACCACCCUGCCCACCACGACUGCACCUCCAUCCACGUCUUGUUCUUCCUCCUCCAUCCUAAGUAGCAGCCCCCACCUGGAUGCGCUCCUGGGCCCUCCCAUCACCCGCAGCUCAUCCACCCCAGAUAAGGCCUUCCAGCCUAGCACCUUUCAGCAGUCCCCGCUGGCCCAGGUGUCCAUCCCCACCCCACGACAGCAGCCGGCGUCCCUGCAACAGGCUCACACUGUCACCCCGCCCAAAGUGGAACCGCCCCAACCUGUUGUGGGCCAGACUGCUCCUGCCUCAGGAGCUUCACCUCAUGGAUCACCGGUUCCAAACCCUGCAUUCAGCAGCACCUCCCCUUCACUGCCCCAAACUCCCCCCGAGCCUCCAAACCAGAUGCAGAUGCAACUUCAGAACCAGACUACGAACAGAGGACAGAACAGCUACAUAGCCAGCAGCCCCGGCAGUGUGAGCCAACCGGUGGCCACCUUAUCCUCCUCGCCUCCCAAGGUUCAGCCAGUGGCGAUUCAGACUCCGCUCCAAGGAUUGACCGCCGCCUCUCCUUUGCUGGCCACGACAGGAAGUCCGCCCGGUCCGACGCUCGCACCCCAUGUCCAACAACUACCUGUGUUACUGCAACCCCAGUUUAUCAAAGCUGAGUCUCUGUUGCUGACCACGCUGAAGCAUGACCCCUGCAUGGUCACCACCGUGGCCUCGCCCACAUCGCUGGCCACGACCACGCCAGUACAGAGUGCGUCACUGCAGGCGUUUGUGGGCGGCGGCACCUUCCUGACGACUGUGCCGGUCAUGGUGGAUGCCGAGAAGCUGCCAAUCAACCGCAUCAUCAACAACGGCAAGUCGGGCUCUUUUCCCGCCAAGGGGGAGAAGCGCACGGCCCACAACGCCAUUGAGAAGCGCUACCGCUCGUCUAUCAACGACAAAAUCAUCGAGCUCAAAGACUUGGUCGCAGGCACCGAAGCCAAGCUCAAUAAGUCAGCUGUGUUGAGGAAAGCCAUCGACGUCAUCCGUUUCCUGCAGAAAUCCAAUCAGAAGCUCAAACAGGAGAACUUGGCACUGAAAAUGGCGGCUCAGAAAAACAAGUCUCUCAAGGACCUGGUUGCCAUGGAGGUGGACGGCCCGGCUGACGUGAAGACCGAGUUGCCCACACCGCCAGCGUCGGACGUGGGCUCGCCUUCAUCCUUCUCGCAUUGUGGGAGUGAUUCGGAACCCGACAGCCCGAUGGGAGAGGAUACCAAGCCAAACGUGGGCAUGCUGGACCCAUCGGCGACAGGCAGCAGCGCUGGCGGCAUGCUGGAUCGUUCUCGCAUGGCGCUGUGCGCUUUCACCUUCCUCUUCCUUUCCCUCAACCCCUUGGCCAACCUGCUCUGCUCAUCCGGCAGCAGCACAGCGAGCAGCGCAGCCGUCGCCCCCCAUCACGCAGGCAGGACCGUUCUGGGCUUGGACAUUGCAGCGGACUCAUGGGGCUGGAUGGACUGGAUGCUACCAACAAUUUUGGUGUGGCUUCUGAACGGCAUCUUGGUGUCGGGAGUUCUGAUCCGCCUUCUGGUCUAUGGAGAGCCGGUAACCAGACCUCAUUCUGGAUCAUCCAUCUUGUUCUGGAGGCACCGCAAGCAGGCUGAUCUGGACUUGGCAAGAGGGGAUUUUGCCCAGGCCAGUCAGAACCUUUGGACUUGUCUCAAAGCUCUGGGACGUCCCUUACCCACCUCCCAGCUUGACUUGGCCUGUGCCUCGCUGUGGUCCUUGCUCAGAUUCUGCCUUCAGCGCCUCUGGGUGGGCCGCUGGCUGGCUGCCCGGGCGGGUGGACUGCGAUCUGACCGCCCCCUGCAGGAGGAUGCUUGCAAGAGCAGCCGAGAUGCUGCGCUGGUUUAUCACCGCUUGCACCAGCUGCACAUGACAGGUAAGCUGAAUGGUAGCCACCUUUCAGCCGUGCACAUGGCUCUCAGCGCGGUGAACCUGGCAGAGUGCGCCGGCUCAUGUCUGCCUGUCGCUUCGCUGGCUGAGGUGUACGUGUCUGCAGCGCUCCGAGUCAAAGCCAGCCUGCCAAGGAUCCUGCACUUCACCUCUCGCGUGUUCCUGAGCAGUGCACGUCAGGCGUGCCUGUCAUCCAGCGGCAGCGUGCCUCCAGCCAUGCAGUGGCUCUGUCACCCUCUCGGCCACCGCUUCUUUGUGGACGGGGACUGGGCCAUUCGCAGCAUCCCGAAAGAGAGCAUCUACAGCCAGGCGGGCAACACUGUGGACCCUCUGGCUCAGGUGACGCAAGCCUUCAGAGAACACUUGCUGGAAAAGGCUCUUUACUGUGUCGCCCAGCCAAAAGGGGAGAAAAGCACCAGUCAGGGCGAGGGAGAGUAUGCGGAUGCUCUGGAGUAUCUGCAGCUACUGAUUAGCGCUUCCGACGCAGCUGGUGCCACCUCCCAGUCCUUUGCUAUCGGUUCCAACAUGGCCACUGUGACGGGCUGCGACCCCCACUCGAAAUGGUGGUCCUCAGUCGCCGUGGUGAUCAUCAACUGGCUCCAAGGGGACGACGCGGCCGCGGAGAGGCUGUACCCAACCGUCGAGCAUUUGCCGCGCACGCUGCAGAACGUGGAGAGCCUGCUGCCCAAGGCUUGUCUCAACACCUUCCGAGCGGUGCGGGCUCUGCUGUCCAAGCCUGAAAACUGGCAGUUGAGUCUGAGCCACAGCGACAAGGCCAGCGCCCUGCUCCGAGACAGCCUCAACCCGGGCCCGCACUCCCACAGCUCCAGUUUAGACAAGGUGGUACAGUUGCUGCUGUGUGACUUGCUGUUGGUGAUGAGGACCAACGUGUGGCAUCUUCAGCAGCAGCAGGGGGCCAGUGCGGCUGGGCUCGGCCCGGUGGGUCCCGGCGCAGGCUCCGCGGGGCUCCACCAGGCCUCCCCGCCCGAGCUCCAAGGCUUUCAGCAGGACCUCAGCUCCUUACGCAAGCUGGCACAGAGUUUCAGACCCGCCAUGCGAAGAUUGUUCCUUCACGAGGCCACAGCCAGGCUGAUGGCGGGGGCCAGUCCCACGCGCACGCAUCAGCUCCUGGACCGCUCGUUGCGACGCAGAGCCACACCCGGAACCAAGACAGAAGAAUGCGAGACGCGCCCGGGCCAACGCGAGCAGGCGGAAGCGGUGAUGCUGGCGUGCCGCUACCUCCCCCCGUCCUUCCUAUCAGCCCCCGGCCAGCGGGUGGGGAUGCUGGCCGACGCCGCCCGCACGCUGGAGAAGCUGGGGGACAAGCGCACCCUCCACGACUGCCAGCAAAUGAUCAUCAAGCUGGGCAGCGGCACCACUGUCACAAACAGCUAAGAGACCCCCCGGCCCCUUUCUCUCCCCCCCACCCAACCAACUGAAAAUCACAAAACAAACCACAAGUUCUCAUCUGAAAACUGACUUGCAUUUCCCCACCUGGGCACUUUUUGGAUGAGGUCGUGACAUUUUUGGAUUAUGAGCACAAUAUAGGAAGCAGUUCUUCUCCCAGUGUGUCUGUCCUAGUGUGAGUCCAGUGCAGUGCCACAGUUUGACCUCAGAGAGGCGCCAUCACAUCCUCAUUGCCAUUGGACAGUGCAGUGUGAAUGCCAAGCGCUUGUGUGCCAGUGAGUGAGCGAGUUUGUUCUUUUUAUUUGCCCGGAGGAAAAUGACCAUAUUUGGUCCACGUGCACUAGGCCCCCCCACCCCGCCGCCAGGCUGAUUUCAAAGAGAUGAGCGAACGACGCGAUGGCUUUAAAAGGUGAUUUUCAUAGUGUUUGUUUUGACGUGUACAUAGAAUAUUAAUAAUGUAUUUAUAAUGGAUUUUGAUUCAGCAGUAUUUGGCAUACAAGAAACGCUUAAUGCUUCCUCGGAAGGUUGCGCUGCCAUGGCGAUUGAGCGUCGGCAAGUCAUCAAAGUGACAUUUUUUGCGGGUGACUCAGUUGACCUUUCAUAAAGCGCAGCAUUUGUUGCUUUUUUUUCUUUUUUCUCUCUCUCCACGCAGCUACACAAAAUAACUUUCCUUCCGAAGAGGACUUCUUCCUUGUUGUGGCUUCAAUUUGAGGAGCACUUUGUCUUUCAGUGUUUUUAGGACCAUGGAUGCAGCUUAAAACUGUAACAAACAAAACAACAAAAAAAACUAUUUUGGUAUUUUUUUUCUGUUGCAGGAAGUGCAUGUUUGUGGGUGACACACACACACAUGGAUAAUAUUUGUGGCUCAUUGCAUAUUUUCAUCGCCAUGAUCCAUGUCGAUAAUAAAACAAGUUUUUAGAAUGAA